CUGUGUAUCGAUAUACUACUUACAUAAAAUCCACUAAUCUCAUUCAAUCCACCCACCAUCCGUAUUUUCCUCCGACAAUCCCGAGUUCGCUUCUGUUCCAGCAGAGUUUCACGGCCACCGGCACAUGCGGGAACCCCAGACCUUUCCCCAAGUGUGUGAAAAGAGCAAGAAAGUGGAUCCAGGCAGUCCGACGCAAAGACCUAACUCUCAAGAGAGUCAUCAAGGGAAGUUUCACACUUUGCAGUGAACACUUUGUAAAGGAGGAUUAUGUUCCAUAUGGAGUUCGCCAAAAGCUACAAGACUUUGCAGUGCCAUCAGUGUUCCCAACGCACAUUGUGAAAGGGUAUGAUCCGAAGUUGCAGGUACACAAGGAAUGCGCGGCGUACAACUGUGUCUUCAAUUCGCUGACCAGGGAGAGGAAGGAGGACGUUCCGGUACAUGCGUUCCCGAGGGAUCCCACGCGGAGGCGCCAGUGGGCGAUCGCCGUCCGAAGGAAAGCUGACGAUGGCGGCCUCUGGGUGCCUCAGUAUGAGGCGACCAUCUGCAGUCUGCACUUCCCCGAGAAGGACAUGGACCGCACAGGUCAAACGGUCCGACUCAGAGAGGGUGUCGUCCCGACACUCUUCAACUACGCCGACCCGCCGCAGAAACAGCACCCCAGGGCUGCCAAAAAGCGGCUGCUGACACUGAAGGAACUCAACGCUAUUCUGGAUCAGCAGCGGCACGUGGGUGGAGACGAACCCGUGACAGCAGCUCCCCGAGCAGGAGCGCCACUGCCACCGCCGUCGGAUGAACAGCAGCACGUUGAUGGAGACGAAGCAGCGACAGCACCUUCCCCAGCGGGAGCGUCACCGCCACCGUCGCCGUCGCCGAUGUCGACUCGGUCCUCCCCUGGCUCGACGCGACGGAAAUCUCUCCGCCUCCGCAAACUGUCAGCCAAGUACAGUCUACUGACACAGUCGCUGCAGAAAUAUGGGUUUAGAAGGGCUUCGUAUAGUGCUCUCGUCAAGCGUUGCGUGGCAAGCACGGCACAGCGAGGUCAGAGAUCCAGCGAUUCGCAGCAGAAGUCGUCGGCCGCCGACGAUCCGAGAGCUCCAGGCAGUGUGUCGUCGACCGAGCUGCCCCCGCCGUUGACCGCCCCAGAGCCGCUGGAUCUGCCGUACGGAGAGCUGACACGCCAUCUGUCCUCCGUGAAAACCAAACGGCAUCGGCUGCUACAGCUGCGGAAGACGUAUUCCGGUUUGGUGGACAAAAUCGAGUACCGGAAAUCCAACCCCCACUGGUGGUCAGCGAAGGCGGACGAACGAUUGCCGAAGCCACCGCUAAUGACGAUUCGCCACGAGCCGACGAACCGCGCGCCGCUACCUGAACCGAUGCCUCCUAUUAGUCGUGGAACGGUGCUGCCCCUGUCUCCGACUGAGGCGUGGAAAACGAUAUCCGCCCUGCGGGAGCAGGUGCUGGAUCUCCAGCUGCAGCUGAUGAACAGCCGAAUUCAGGUGCUAGACGGCGAGGUGCAGCUGCAAGACACCAUAGCUGGUCAUUACCGCUACAAGUCUGAGGUGAGAGAAGAGCAGAAACAUACUCAGAAAGCUCAGAAGGCAGUCGUUCGUGAGGUCAAGAAGCGUUGUGACUUGCCGUGCCUAGUUUGUCCUGAGCUAAAACAAAAGUUGGAGAUCCUUCAGAGGGAUUCAGACAAGAAAGUGCGCCGUGCUGAAAAGUUGGGGAAGCGACUGGAGAAGAUCUUCACGCCUAGGCAGAUGCGUGUUCUUCGCACCGGCAAAAAGCCACGAUGGCUCGAAGAAGACUUCCGGCGCGCAAUCGAACUAAAAACGGUCGUCAGCCAUCGCGGCUACACCUACAUCCGACAGACGAUGCGCAUUCCGCUGCCGACCACGUUCAUCCUCAGUCGAGGCGUCGAGCGCUACAAGUCGCUGCAACCACUCUACGACAAGAUGGUGAUCAAAAACAAAAAGAAGGUCUGGAAGAAGGGUGAAAAGAGCGGCACUGCCCUGUCAGCACAGAAGAGGAAGCUGACUGACGCCUCGCUGGUGACGGGGUCCGAGCCGCCGAGUGGCGAACGGCCGGUCAAGCGGCGGAAAAAGCGACCGCCUGCGAAGCCGCCUCAGAACGGGCAGCAACAGCUCGCUCUCCCGGCGGUGAGCGCGUCGCAUGCUGUGUCGGUGGCCGGCGGGUGCUCAUCGGUGCCGUUGUAUCAGCAGAGGCGCGUCGGUGCCGGAAACGGGAGCGUGCGUGUAUUGAGCUCCGCGCGCGCCAGUGAGUGGGAAAUGGACGAUGAACUGGACGAUGAAACGCUCGAACUACUUACCCGACCACGGAGGUGGUAUGCCUCGCGUACGUGAUCGUUGGGCGCGUGGUGCUUACGAGCGGACGUGCCACUAGUGGUGCGACGUGCCGCAGCUGUGACAGAAGUCAGUAUGUGCCUGUCGGCUUGUCUGUUGAUGCGCGUUUCGUUCCAAUGCAGCCGAAAUAUCAAGCUCACGUUAGGGCGUGAUUAAGCUGAUACUAGCUGAUUAGUUAAGGUUAUUGAGUUCAAAGGCGGGGAAUGCCACGCGAUGUUUGCAGUAGGUAUCAUAGUUUCCUGGUCAUGAAAUACAUUGUCAUUUUGCUGUC